GCAAACACUAGAAGACCAAACCAAAAAAAAAAUUUUUGUAGUUACCUCAUUAAACUCAUCUCACAUAUUAAAUUAUAUUUACUAUUAUAGAUCUAACAAAUAAACCACAUUCAAUGACUACCAUGGAUGAUUUGAUAGGGACCAUAGAUAGUGAUUCUGAAACAGAAGGUCAAAUCAUAUAUGAAUCUGAAUCUGAAUAUGAAUCUGAAACUCAAGAAGUGAAGAAAGCUCCUAAGAAAAGUAAGAAGAAAUCAAAGGGUAAAGGUAAAUCAACUCAAGAUCAAGAUAAAAAGGAUGAAGAAGAAGAUAAAGAAAAGGAGAAUGAUGAUAUAAAUCCAAAUUUCCAAUUCAGUGUUGAUGGGUUCCUGAAUGUAGAAUCAUUUGAUGGUUGGGAUUUCGAUUUGAAAAAACCAGAUAGUCAACGUAUUCAAAUGAAGGAUGUUGAUUUAGAUGGAAUUUUAAGAAGAAAGGGGGGGUUAGUUAAUAUAGCUGAUGUUGACAAUGACACUAAAGUAGUUGAAGAAGAAGAUGAUGAUGAGGAAGAAGAAGAUAAUGAAGAAGUUGAAAAUGGUGACGAUGAAGAAUUAGCCAUGGAUGGAUUCGGUAUGGGUGCCGAAGAAGAAGAUGACGAAGAAGAAGAAGAAGAAGAACAAGAAGAAGCACCUGAAGAAGAAUUCAAAAUGGGAGGAGGUGCUGUUGAAGAAAUCGUCGAAAACGAAGAUACCAAAGAAGAUAUGGAUAAAUUUUAUUCCACCCAAGAAGAAUCUGAUGUUACCAAAAAACAAGCUCAUAAUUCAUUCCAAACUUUACAACUUUCACGUCCAGUUUUAAAAGGAUUGGCCCAAUUAGGUUAUGUGAAACCAUCUCCUAUUCAAUCCGCUUCUAUUCCAAUUGCCUUAUUAGGUAAAGAUAUCGUUGCUGGUGCCGUUACUGGUUCUGGUAAAACUGCUGCAUACAUGAUUCCAAUCAUAGAAAGAUUAUUAUAUAAACCAGCUAAAAUUGCUACUACCAGAGUUAUAGUUUUAACACCUACCAGAGAAUUGGCUAUCCAAGUUUGUGAUGUGGGUAAGAAUUUAGGAAGAUUUGUAAAUAAUUUAAAUUUCGGUUUAGCUGUUGGUGGUCUUAAUUUAAGACAACAAGAACAACAAUUAAAAACUAGACCUGAUAUCGUCAUAGCCACUCCAGGUAGAUUGAUUGAUCAUAUAAGAAAUUCACCAUCAUUCACCAUUGAUGCAUUAGAAGUUUUAGUUAUCGAUGAAGCUGAUCGUAUGUUAGAUGAAGGUUUCCAAGCUGAAUUAACUGAAAUUUUAGCUUUAAUUCCAAAGAAUAAAAGACAAACUUUAUUAUUUUCCGCUACUAUGAAUACCAAAAUUCAAGAUUUAAUUCAACUUUCAUUAGAUAAACCAGUUCGUAUCAUGAUUGAUCCUCCAAAAGCCACUGCCACAAAAUUAGUCCAACAAUUCGUUCGUAUUAGAAAGAGAGAUGCAUUAAAACCUGCUUUACUUUUCAAUUUAUUAAGAGAACUCCCACAACAAGAAAGAGUUGUAGUAUUCGUGGCUAGAAAAGAAUCUGCCCAUAAAUUAAGAAUUGUAUUAGGUUUAUUGGGUUUAAAAGUUUCAGAAUUACAUGGUUCAUUAACCCAAGAACAACGUCUUAGAAGUGUUACUGAAUUUAAAAACUUAACGGUUCCAGUUUUAAUUUGUACUGAUUUAGCUGCUAGAGGGUUAGAUAUUCCAAAGAUUGCUGUGGUUAUAAAUUAUGAUAUGCCAAAGACUCAUGAAAUAUAUUUACAUAGAAUUGGUAGAACUGCCAGAGCUGGUAGAGAUGGUAUUUCUAUUUCAUUUAUUGGAGAAUCAAGUCAAGAAAGAGGUAUUGUCAAAGAAGCUCUUAAAUCCUUAACUGGUGAAAGUAAAGCUGUUUCCAGAAAUAUCAAUUGGAUAGAGGUGGAGAAAUUGAAUAAGAUUUUAGAAUCAAAGGCUACUGUUAUAGAAGAAGUAUUGGAAGAAGAACAACAAGAAAAAGAAAUUUUGCAUGCUGAAAUGGAAUUAAAGAAAGCUUCUAAUAUGAUGAAGCAUGAAAAGGAAAUUCAAUCGCGUCCAAGGAGAACUUGGUUUGAAGCUAAAAGGGAAAAUCAAACUGAAGUGAUGGGUCAAUUAACCAAACAAGGUAAAAAGGUGAAUUCCAGGAAGCGUAAAGCCAAUGAAGAAAAGAAAGAAACCAAAGGUGCUAGAUCUUAUAAGAAAACCAAAGUUGAUAGAAUGACUGAUCAAAAGAGGAAUCCUAAGGCUAAGAUUGGUAAAGGUAAGAAAAGAUAGUAAAUAGUUUGUAUAAUAGAUUUAAAAAGAUUAGGUAAUAGACAAUUACUUUUUUUGUAU